AUGUGGGGUCGUCUCUACCUAGUAAGCUUUCUCCUGCUCGGCCUCGUGGCGAAAAGCCAAAUGAGCAUCCAAGCGCCAGUCGAAAGUGACGAAUUUUUCAACAAACCUAUUCAACACCUUCUGGGAGUGGCACGCGGAUCAAUGAGGUCCUUUGGAUUUCAAAAUUUCGUCGUCUAUUCGGAUUUUCCCCACAUAAAACCUUCAGUUCAACAGCGACUAAUGGAAGUCACGAAUAAAUCCGUCUUUUCGGUGACAGACUCCUUUGUGGGAUCAUCAAACGAUCAAUACAAAUACGGGGUAAACGUGGUCAUCGUUUUAUUCACCAAUGUGAAUGAUCGCAUAAUGAGUUCGGUUGAACACAACGAACGUUGGAACAUAGUCCGGAAAGUUUUCUUCUUUCUAUAUAUUCCGCCGGCCGGGGAGGUGAUUCCUUCGAUUAACGACACCAUCCGAGAUGUCUUCAAGUUUUGUUGGGCCCGACGCUUCGACAUGAUGUUCCUUCUGUUCCAAGGACAAAUCUGGGCGUUCGAACAUUUUCGGAACAUGACUUAUGGCAGAUUGCCUCCUAAAUUUUUCUAUAUUGAUUAUUACCGCAGCCUAAAUAUGAAGUUUCUCGUGCAGGUGAUCCCAGAUCCUCCUAUGAGCUUCUGGUCGAACUCUACGGAGCAGUCAACAGUGACCGGCGGUGCAAACAUCAGUCUCCACGGCCCGAUUGGCCUUUUGGUGGUGGAAUUUAUAAAAAAUAUGAACGCCACCAUGGAGAUACAGCCUAUUGACCAUAAGCCUAGCUUGCAGUACUGGAUCAAUCAGGAAUCAAUCAGGGAUAGAAACGUGGACUUGGUAGCCAAUCUGGUGUUUUAUAACACCUCGAUAGACCAUUCGGUGAUGAUGGACUCACAGAUUUGCCUUUUGCUUCCCAGAUACAGGCUGAUAUCCCCCUUUUUAUAUAUGUCUGUAACCUGGAAAAAUCAAGUCCAUAUUUGCAUAAUUUUGUUGAUAUUCUGUGUCAUUUUUAUCAAAUAUUUCGCUUACCAUCCCCGUAACCUAUUUCAUGCCAUUUUAAGUACCAUCCGGUUCUAUUUAAGUAUUCCGGUACCAACCGCAGAAGUACGCCGAUUGGUUUUGGCGGAUAGAUUCCUACACUUGUUCUCCUCCUUCGGGAUGUCACUCUUUUACGGAAUAUCCCUCAGCCUUCUUGCCACCAAGUUUACCACAGGAAUCUUUUAUCCCCUCAUCACGGACGUGCAAUCAUUUCAGGACAGUGGCCUCCGUAUCAUGACGGAAGAUCCUGCCGUUCUGAAGCUUUUCGAGGAGGAUCAGUUGCCCAGAUCCCUAAAGAACAAGGUGACCUUCGUGGACAUAGACACUCUGGGUGACCACUUUUUAAACCUCAACGAUAGCCUUGCCUAUGUGGUCAAGUCGACGACUUGGGCUGGCAUUCAAAUGUACCAGGAACGCCUGAAGAGGCCACGUCUUUGGAUAGCCGACGAUAAUCUGUGCUCGAGGCCCCGCAGUCUCAGGGUACCCAUUUACCCCCAGUCCCCGAUUGCGAAACUCUUCCCAGAGUUUUACAUGCGGGUCUUUGAAUCGGGCUUGAUCCAAAAGUGGUACAGAAUGGGUUUCAGUAAGUACCGGGAGCUAUCUGGAUUAUACAAAUUACCCACAGACCCUGAAAUAUACCGUCCCUUGACCAUGGAAUUUUAUAGAAAUUAUAUGUUGAUCUAUAUUUGUGGCAUGAGUUUGGCGACCCUGGUAUUUGUAAUCGAGCUGAUCUACCACCGAUUCAGGACCAUGAAUAACUGA